AUGAAUUUCGCAAUGAUUCAAUUUUAUUCUUUAGGAAUUUCGAUCUGCAAAUACAUUUUUCGCGUGUAUGGUGUCAUAACUAUGAAUAAUAUUGCAAUUGCAUUCGACAAAGGCUCAUUAAAUGCAAAAUUAAAUCUUCUCCAGUAUAAAUCAAUCAUUUAUAACUUCAUUACAUCAACUGGUAUUCAAUGCUUCAUCAUCACAAGUCUAUUAUGCUAUUUAAUCUACAAAUACUUCCCUUUGAAAGUAAUAUUUUUUGAAUUAAAACCUUUUUUUAGUUUUACAUUAAAAACUCAUCACAUCAAAUUCAUUUACUUAUUAACAUUCAUAUCCAUGCUAAUAACUAUCUACAAACCCACUGAAGUUUCCGAAUCAGAUUUCAUGCAACUGAAUUACGUGAAUCCGAAAGAUUUAGUAACAUUUCCAGGUGAGAAACGCAAUAUUAUAUAUCUUUUUCUUGAGUCCAUGGAGUCAACAUUUGCUUCCAAACAGUCUGGAGGUUUAUUUGAACAAAGUUUGAUUCCAAAUUUAGAAAAACUCGCGAAAGACAAAGAAAACAUUCAUUUUACGCAUAAAGAAGGUUUCUUUGGUGGUCCUAAGCAGAUGGAAAGGAUGAGUUACACGGCAGGUGCAUCAUAUUCAAUGAUAUGUGGAAAUUAUAUAGGAACUCCUGGUUUCAUGACAACAGAAGAAAAUGAAAAAAUAUUUCAUCCGCAAUUAACUUGUCUUCCUGACAUUACAAAGAAAUUUGGAUAUAAUAAUAUUGCCAUUUACGGAACGCAGUGGUCAUCUUGUAAGCAGGGAUAUGUAUUCACGUCACACUCUAUUCCUUAUCAGAAUAUCAUUGAUUCAUACGCCAUAAACAAAACUGAUGUUUGGGUAAGAGAUUUUUUGAUGUUUGAAAAAGCAAAAAAAAAAAUUUGGAAUUGUCGAAAGAAGAAAAACCAUUCAUGGCAAUUAUGA